UGAUGUGAACACAAUUUCACGCGCUUGGCUCCAAUCAUUCCAAUGGCUCUUGUCGAUCACGUACGCUGAUUUUUCAUGAUCUUCCAUUCGCAUAACGGGAAUAUCGCUCCAGCGUCGACGCAGUCCAAGAGCAAACGGGAUUUUUUCCCCCCUCGAUUGACUACUCAAGGAUAUUUUCGCAUGCCGAGAGACUGAAGAGACAAGAAGAUCACGUUCAAUGCCGUUGGAACAUGUCACAUGUUCCCUUUCAAGAUGCGAGGUAUGCUGUCCCCCCCUCCUACAGACACCAGCCCUCCUUCGCAGCUGCUCCCUCCUUCGAGCAACCCGAUUGGAACCCUCGUCUGUGUGUGAUCUCUGGAAAUCAGCUCUACAUGUUGGACCAGGAGGAGGUUCACCCUUUGUUGAUGCGCGAGCGGCGCUCCGAGUUGCACAGGAACAAGCUGCUGCGACGGGCGGUCAGCGUGCCUGUGGAGGGGAGGCACCAUCCUGAGAUGGACAACGCUCGGCUUCGGCGAAAAAGCAUCGCCAUCGGGAAACAGCCAAGCAUGGAGAUCCCACCCACUGCCCCCCCUCAACCCUUCCGACAAUCCAGUUUCCUCAGUAGAAGACUGAAGGGGUCCAUAAAAAGGGCCAAGAGUCAGCCCAAACUGGACCGAACCAGCAGCUUCCGCCAAAUGAUCCUCCCUCGCUUCCGCAGCGCCGACCAGGACCGGACUCGUCUGAUGCAGAGCUUCAAGGAAUCACACUCCCAUGAGUCUUUGCUGUCUCCAAGCAGUGCGGCCGAGGCUUUGGAUUUAACACUUGAUGAAGAUGCUAUCAUCAAACCAGUUCACUCCAGUAUACUGGGACAGGAGUACUGCUUUGAGGUGACAACUGCUUUGGGAACAAAGUGUUUUGCUUGUCGGUCAGCUGCGGAGCGAGACAAAUGGAUAGAGAAUCUACAGAGAGCUGUCAAACCAAACAAAGACAACAGUCGUCGUGUCGACAAUGUUUUGAAGCUGUGGAUCAUCGAGGCUCGAGAACUCCCACCCAAAAAGCGCUAUUAUUGUGAACUGUGCUUGGAUGACAUGCUGUACGCCCGCACCACCAGCAAACCCCGAACAGAUACUGUGUUCUGGGGUGAGCAUUUUGAGUUCAACAACCUGCCAGCUGUCCGCAACCUUCGCCUUCAUCUUUACAAAGAGACCGAUAAAAAAAGACGCAAGGAGAAGAGCACAUACCUUGGCUUGGUCAGUAUCCCCAUUUCUAGCAUCACUGGUCGCCAGUUUGUGGAGCAGUGGCACCCCGUAAUUCAGCCCAGUGUCCUGGCCAAGGGUGGGGGUGUGGGAGGGGGCAAAAUCAUCAACGUCUCCUUACGACUCAAGUCACGCUUUCAGACCAUGAGCAUUCUACCCAUGGAGCUUUAUAAAGAGUUUGCAGAGUAUGUAACCAACAACUAUCGAACGCUGUGUGCAGUUCUGGAACCGUUACUGAGUGUCAAGAGUAAAGAGGAAGUGGCCUGUGCGCUGGUACACAUCCUGCAGAGCACAGGGAAGGCCAAGGACUUUCUUUCCGAUAUGGCAAUGUGUGAGGUGGACCGAUUCAUUGACCGAGAGCACCUUAUCUUUAGAGAGAACACACUGGCCACCAAAGCCAUAGAGGAGUACCUCAAACUCAUUGGACACAAGUACCUCAAAGAUGUUUUAGGUGAUUUUAUCCGAGCCCUGUAUGAAUCAGAGGAGAACUGUGAAGUUGACCCAAUGAGAACUCCACCUUCUGUACUGCCUGAACAUCAAGCCAACCUCCGGAUGUGCUGUGAACUUGCACUCUGCAAAAUCGUCAAUUCUCAUUGUGCAUUUCCAAGAGAACUGAAAGAGGUUUUUGCGUCCUGGCGUGUUCGAAGCGCAGAGAGGGGACGAGAGGACAUCGCAGAUCGACUCAUCAGCGGUUCCCUCUUCCUGCGUUUCUUGUGUCCAGCCGUCAUGUCUCCAUCCUUAUUUAACCUGACGCAGGAGUAUCCCGAUGAACAGACUUCACGCACACUCACCCUCAUAGCCAAAGUUGUGCAGAACCUGGCAAACUUCUCAAAGUUUGGCAAUAAGGAGGAGUACAUGUGCUUCAUGAAUGAGUUUUUAGAGAUGGAGUGGGGCUCCAUGCAGCAAUUCCUGUACGAGAUUUCCAAUCUGGAUAGUGUGAGCAAUGCAGUAGCCUUUGAAGGUUACAUUGACUUGGGAAGGGAGCUCUCGAUCCUGCACAGUCUUCUAUGGGAAGUUAUGGCACAACUAAGUAAGGAUGCAGUCAUUAAACUCGGACCAUUGCCCCGCCUACUCAAUGAUAUCAGCAUGGCCCUUCGUAACCCUCAUCUCCAAAGACAGCCUAGUCAUCAGACAGACAGACAGCCUCCAGAGAGACAGACAGACAGGUUGCUCUCCAGACCAAGCUUCAACAGGGGUGUCUCAUCGGAGUUCCAGAACCUCAUGAUGAGAGACCUGAACAGUUCAAUCGAGAUCACUCGCCUGCCUUCUCCAACCACUGCGAUGUCCAGCGGUGGAGCUCCUCCUGCUCGGGCUGGAAUCGGGGGAUUUGCAGACCGCGAUCAUCCUCACCGAGCCUCAUCUAAAGAUGUUUUCUAUGUUGCCCGCCCCCCGCUGGCCCGGUCCAGUCCCGCGUACUGUACUAGCAGUUCUGAUAUAACUGAUCCAGAUCCAAAGGCCUCGAUUGCUGGCCUCGGCAGCUAUGGUGGGCUCGCGGGCUUGGGAGGAGGCCUCGGAGGUCAGCUGCGUGCCGGAGGGCGCAUGUCGGCCGGAUCCGGGGGUUCCAGCAUGUCCGGCGGUCUAAGACUGAGCCAGAUCAGCCAGAUGGGGACCACAACGGACUCGCUGUCCCAGCAGCAACAGCAGCAGGCCGCCGCCCUUCGCUACCCCCUCUCCUUCCAGAACCCUCUGUUCCACCUCGCUGCGGAUGGACCACAGCUUCACCACCAGCACAGUCGGGCCCAGCCGCCGCCUCCGCUCCUGCUCGCCCCGGAGCCCGACACCUCUCACCCUGCAUACAUGCCCCAGUUCGCCCAUGGUGGGUUCUCUCGAAGUGAGGACCUCUCCUCCCUCAGACCUGGGCCUCAUCUGGGUCAGCCGAGCAUCGUUCACUCCCACAGCUAUAGUGACGACUACAGCCGACAUAACCAGGGCGACUACGGGCGGCGGCAAAUCCCAUUGCAUAUGCAGGAGCAGCAACAGAUGACAGGCAUGACAUCACAGACUGGCACAUCUCAUUCUUCCCUUGCCACGCCUCCUUCCACUGUUCAGCCUGUCCGUCAAAGCUCCAUGGCUCCUCCCACACAGCGAAUGAAAUCCCAACCCUCUCAUCAGCUGUCGGUGAGUUCUGCCGCUGGUGCCCCCACAGGCAAGACCAGACCGCAGAGCGGAAACCUGCUCCAGUCCCCCGAGUCUGGCUUUGUGGGCCGGCAGCAGGGCCCUCGACAACAGCUGUCCGUCAAAGACAGCACUCCCCCGGGUCUUCCCCAUCAGCAGAGCUCCACCAGGGAGAGCCAGGGGUCCCAGGGCUCUCAGGGCGGAACUCCACAGUCCACACAGCAAUCGAAAUCGCAUCAGGAACGCCAGCAGGUCCAGCAACAGCAUCUACUCAAGCCUACCAUGAGCAAACAGGGCUCUUCUCAAUCUCCAUCCACCCUCAACCCCCUGACCCCUGCCUCUGAGCGAACGGUUGCCUGGGUAUCCAACAUGCCCCAUCUGUCUGCUGACAUCGAGAGUUCCCGCAUUGACAGAGAAGACUUCAAACUGAAGGAGUAUUCAAAGAGCAUGGAUGAGUCACGCCUGGACAGGGUGCGUGAAUAUGAGGAGGAGAUUCACUCCCUGAAGGAACGUCUGAUGAUGUCACACCGUAAGCUGGAGGAGUACGAGAGGAGGCUGUUAACUCAGGAGCAGCAGACCAAUAAAAUCCUGCUACAGUAUCAGAGCCGACUGGACGACAGUGAAAGGAGGCUUAGACAGCAACAGAUGGAGAAAGACAACCAGAUUAAAGGAAUUAUUGACAGACUCAUGGCUGUGGAGGAUGAGCUGAGGGUAGGGGUGGUGCCUGAGAACAAACCCAGGAUAUUCGCAGACCAGGAAAAGCAGCUUCCCUCCUUGGAUUCAGCAAACACCGGUGUGAGUUUUGAAGGAGAAAUGGCCUGCGUUCCUGGCUUUGGAGUCUCCAAAUCCUCUACCCAAUCUUCCCCCCAGAAUGGAAUUUUGUCCUUCCCAUUAGCCUCCCCCUCCUCGUUCUCCUCCUAUUGGACAGCUCUGCCAGAUUGAAGAGCUCUGUGGCAACCAAAAGUCAGCCCCAGUAACAGCCACUAUGGCAACUGGGAACACGGCAACAACAUCAAGGUGAAUGGGCAAGACAGGAGGGGGGGAGCAGGUCAAUACCGUCCCUGACCAAACCUGAGAAAAAUUCCUUCAUUUGAGGAUUUUCCGAAGAAAGUCACGUCAAUCGUUUCCCUCGACAAUGAAGCUUAUAUAUAUAUAUAUAUAUACACACAGUACAUUAGACUAAGGACAAGUGGAAGGCAGCACACAUCAUUUCUUGCAACAUCCAAAUCGAAAGGGCUCUCCGUUGGAUCUGAUAAUAUUCCAAUAUCACAUUUUCUUUGGAUAAAAAGUUAAAAGCCCCUCGCACAUACCUCUGCCACCACAGGUCAUUCAAACCAUGUUGAAAAGUCCUAACAUGGUCUACUUUCCAGGUUUUUGGAAUCUCUCUGAAAUUGUGUAAAAAUUCCUGGAAGCUGAAAACAACCCUUGGAAUGGUGUGGGCAACUAACAAUGUUUUGAAGUUCACAAAGACCUAACUUUGACUCGCAAAAAGGCCAGCUUUGUCUUGGAGAUUUUGUCAUGUCGUCUGGCUUCCCUAGUGCCUUUUUGUAUCUCAUGACAGGGUUUUCAAACGAACACAAGAAUAAUGAGAACAGAAUUACAGAAACGGUUGUGGCGCUCUCUUCUUGAGAUUGAUCAUGUUAGAGGGGUUUGAUGUGGUCUUCUGCCUCAGUGUAAUGCUGAAAAAGUUUGGAAUUUUUAAAAUGCUUUGGAAUCCAAUCAUGGACAAUGUGGCAUGCUUGAAAAGUGCUGGUGGUUUUCAAAUUGCCUCACUAGACUGAACUUGUGCAAUGUUUUCUCUUCUCAAUCUCAGAACCUUUGUGUAUUUAACUGGUGCUAUGGAACCUCAAAGCAUUGCUCCGUCUCAUCAUCCAUGUCUUACGUCCAUAUUUGUCUUUGACAUCACAUUCAUCUUCUAACAGGUCCAUUUUGAAAAAAUUUUAGUGUGUGUGCUUGUAAUUUUGAUAGAUAUGAGGUGAGCGCAAGGUCAUCUCUGUCAGGCGAAAACCCUUUUGUCUUUUUAUCAAAACAAGAUGCGAGAAUGCGGUUAAAUUAACACGUUUUCCUCAAAUGAGGCCCGAGAUCUCAUGCGAAAAGAGAUGAUAUUUGAAGCAAUUAAGCAGCACCUUUUACAUGUGCAGUUAUGCUUUUGUGCUUUUUAUUUUGGUCUUAAAAGACAGUUUAAAGUCAAUGUGAAAUGCUGCAAUCCGUUUUACCUCUGUAAUGUGAAAAAGGAUAUUUAGCGGGAAAAAAAGUUGGACGGGCUUGAUUUUAUCCAUCAGGAAUUGAUUGGACCGUGAAAAGUGGGCAUUACAUACCAGAAUGGAGGGGAUUGGUUAAAAAAGUAGGAGGGAUUCAUAAUGAAUUCGUUAGUCAAAAAGUUGUUUCAGAGGUGGAGCACGUUAUUACAUUUUGAUGAAAGUUUACGCGGACCAAAUUUUUUUUAUUGGGAAUAAAGUGACCAGGAACGUGCAUUACAAAAGUAAACAGGGUCAAUUAAUUUCAUGAUGACUUUAAAGGAUAUCAAAGUAGCUCAAGCAUCUCCAAAGUAGCUUGUGGUGGCAUUAAAUUGUCAUUUAGGAAACAUUUUGGUGCGUAAAAUAUUUAGAUCUUAUGUACUGUACGGAAAUCUGCUAGCUAUAAUUCAUUUUAGUAUCACUGCCAUCUGGUACUGAUUGUAUUCCUCAUUGCUCACAACUGUUUUUGUUGUAUUUUUUAUUUUGCUUUUGACUAAUAAGCUCAUUGUCAUGUUUCUCUAGUCGCAUGGCUUUGAUACAGCACAUUUCAAAUCAUUCAUAUUUAAUGUAAUUCAUUGCACUGAUUUUGCUGAUGUAAAUAUUGGCCUUUUUGCUGAGUUGUAAACUAACAAAGCUACACCAAUACAACAGGCCUAGAUGAGAGCGUCCACAUAUUGUGGAGAUUUAACUGUACAAUAAAAGUUCUACUGAGCUGUACUGUAAUAUUUUAAAGUUUGCAAAGGCACGAGAGAGGAGAAUGGACUGAUUGCCAUUUCAGCUUUUAAGAGCUUCGAGGGCUAUCUUUAAGUGACUUCUACUGCAUUUAGUAAUAAAACAGGCAAUUUGUUUAUGCCCCAAAAAAGUGGUUGAAAAAAAUGGGCUAACAGGGUUAUCAGCUGAUAAAAUGUGCCAUGACAUGAAUAUACCUCAGAUGUAGAAUCGAACGACUCAGGUAAACUAUCAAUUGCCUCACAGUUUAAACGAAACAACAUUUUAAGUUGAACUGCCUGUUGGUAGUUAGUCCAUUUCUUCUCCGAGAUCAGUAGCAGCGAUUUGUUAGCGGCUCAUCAAGCACCUCUUCUUUUCGAUGUUUUUUUGUAUCCCUUUCUUUAUCCCCAGCCAAUCACAAAUCUUCAUGAAGGACAAUCUGGAACCUAGUUGGAGGCCUCACCUAGGACAUUCUUCAGGUUGGCCAGGCUUUAAUUUAAGGGCACAUUCACGUGAUUCGGUUGGUUGACAGAGGAGAAAUUGAGGCUUUGACUCUGUUUUUGUUGCUAACAGUGCCAAAGCCGAUCCAAAGAAACAAAUAGGUUCCCUUCCUCUGAUGUGCCCCCUCUCUCUCUGUCUGAUAGACAGUAAUUUGAUAUGAUGACAGUGUUUGGAUGCAGAACAUUCCUCUGUGCCUCAUAAGGGCUAGUAGGCCAUAUGUGCACAUAGGAGAUGGUUCAUUGAGAGAGCUGGAGAAGUUCUAUGGAUCAGAUCAAUCUCAAAGGUGCUGAUUUUUAGUUUCUUUACUUACUGUAGGAUAUUGAACAAUGCUCUGCUUCUCAUUACGAUCUUCAUAAGCCACAUUAGCUCUGCCAUCAUGCCUGCCUAUCAUGUCUCGAUCAUGUCUUUUAUUUUGGUGAAACUGAACAUGCACAGCCUUUUUAUUGUCCCAAGAGACGCUUCAAUUUAAAUUCAGCGGAUUUGAUAGAGGCUGGAAAUAUCCAAACUUUGUUUCUCAUGUCUAAUGUGGCAGUUUUCUACUUUGUGAAUGGACCUCACCUAAAUGAGAUCACAUAUUUACAUAUUGGUAAUGUGAGAACUGCAGAGUCUGAAAAUAAUCCUUUCUGAUCAGUUUACGUGACAAUCUCUUGAAACAAUCCUUUGCAAAGAAUUUUCAUUGAAUUACGAGGGGAAAAAACACUACCUUUUAUUUUACCUGCUCCCCCUCCCCAACUAUCCGCACUUUGGUACGAUCUGGAUAAUCAACGGCUUGUUUAUCUGCAAAAGAAAGACGGAUUCUUUUGUUUUAUUUCUCUUUUCAACUAUUGCUGUGGAGUUCUUUAUUUAUGGACGAUCAGACACUGUUUGGGUGUAGAUACGUUUAUUCCUCUUGUUUAGAUACUUGGCAUUCAAAAGUUUGUAGGAUUUACCGAAGCAAAGCCAAGUUGCUGUUUUACAUUUAACUUUAUUUACUUAUUUGGAUGCCAUUGCCAGGCAACGCGAACAUUUCUCUGCGAACAUUUCUCUACUUUUCCACCACUAGACAAAAAUAUAAACGUUGAGAGAUAAUGCUGGUUGAAUAAUGUUGUGGGUGACUGUAUAAAAUGUGUGUGCAGUAUUUGUGUAUAUACUGGAUGUAUGGUUAUAUAAUAUAAAUAAACAGUAUAUGUAUUUGUACAUACAAUAUGUUUGUAUAUGCAGUGUACAGAAUAUGUUCUUUUACACCAAUAUCUCUUUUUCUAAAUAUGUGUGGAAAAGACAAGGCGUAACUUUCUGGAACUGAAAAAAAAAAACUGCAUUGGCAACUUGUUGGCAGCAAUCUUUGGAAGCACUUUUUUGCACAGGCUGAUUGUACACAGUCUGAAACCUUUGAUGCAUUGCCAUGCGUCUGCCACAGAUUUUGCCAGUCUAAAGCUUGCACUCAUUUUCUCAUUGAUUGAAACGUUUUGUAAUAGGUUCUGGGUGACCAAGCAAUGGUUGUUCAUAAAUAUAUAGGCUAAAUACCCACUGUAUGUAUGCAUAUAUCAGCUUUUCCAGACUUGAAUAACAUGCCAAUCUUUGCAGCUUGCAUCCCCUCUUGCUUUUAAUUUCAACAGUGCUGUGUGUCAGAGGUUUUUGGAUCAGUGUAGAAGGUUGAUCUUGUAAGAAAUGUACCUUUUCUCCAAAAGUUUCUCAUUUUACUAUACUGACAUUUUGUAUGGGCUGAUGCUUUAUUCCCUCAUUACAUGCCAAGCAACUCUUCCAUGCAAGCAAUUGCUUAUUCAUCCCCUGUAAAUGAAUGGAGUUCCCAUGAUGUGCCUCUUUCUAAUAAACUUCAGUUGAUCUUUGUUAGCCAUAAUCCAAUCACAUUCAUCUUUCUUGACAAGCCAUAAGCCCAGCCCCCUAAAUUUUAGUUUUUGUAAAGGGAUUUAUUUAUUUUUUGUGUAUAUACAGUAUAUAUAUAUAUAUAUAUAUAUAUAUAUAUAUAUAUAUAUAUAUACUGUAUAUAUUAAUAGAAAGAGUGGUAUGUCAGAGUGUAUUGCCAGUGUUUUUGGAUUUGUUAUGAAUGUUAUUCUGGUUAUUGAAUUAUGAUUAUUGUAAUAAUGAUAUAAUGACUGCUGUUAUCAUUUCAUCCUUUAGUUUACUCAAUGCUAUUGAAGACUUUCAUUUCUUUUUGAAAUAAAUCGGAAUUUAUAUUUUUCGGGUGGGCUAAUUAUAGAAAUGAAAUCAAUUAAACUGAUGAAUAAAGAAAUAAUUAAAUUCU